UAGCCACGAUGGAUGCAAUACCAUGCUUUCUGCUCGUCCUCCUGUUCGGGACAAGGAUACAAGAAAACACCGCCCUGCAGUGUUACUGUGAUCGCUGUAUCGCCAACUCCAGCUGCACCACAGAUGGCGUCUGUUUCGUCUCCAUCCGCAAGUCGGGCACCCGGCUGACCACCGAGCAGCGCCAGUGCGUAAACGAAAAUGAACUGAUCCCCAGAGACCGACCCUUCAUCUGCGCCCCGUCCGUCAAACAGGACAUCGGCGUUUACCCCGUGUGCUGCACCACAGACUACUGCAACAAAGAGCCAGACGUCACAGUCUUACCCGCAGUCACUACAGUCCAGCCCCCUCCUCUGGGCCCCGUGGCCCUCGCAGCGGUGAUCGCCGGCCCGGUGUGCGUGCUCUGCCUGCUGCUGGUUCUGGCGUUCUACGUUUGCCACAGCCAGAGGGGUCUAGGAGCCGGAGGGGCCGGGGCCCACCAUCACCACCACCACAGGGUACCCAACGAAGAAGACCCAUCCAUGGACCACCCUUUCAUCACUGUCGGAACAACGCUGAAGGACCUCAUCUACGACAUGACCACCUCUGGUUCUGGAUCAGGUUUGCCCCUGCUGGUCCAGAGGACUAUCGCAAGGACCAUCAUCCUCCAGGAGAGUAUUGGUAAGGGGCGUUUCGGAGAGGUUUGGCGAGGUAAAUGGCGUGGUGAGGAGGUGGCUGUGAAGAUCUUCUCCUCCCGUGAGGAGCGCUCCUGGUUCCGGGAGGCUGAGAUUUACCAGACGGUGAUGUUGAGACAUGAGAACAUUCUGGGCUUCAUCGCUGCUGACAACAAAGAUAACGGGACAUGGACUCAGCUGUGGUUGGUGUCAGACUACCAUGAACACGGCUCUCUGUUUGAUUACCUGAACCGCUACACCGUCACCGUGGAGGGAAUGAUCAAACUGUCUCUGUCCACAGCCAGCGGCCUCGCCCACCUCCACAUGGAGAUAGUGGGAACGCAAGGUAAGCCUGCUAUCGCUCACAGAGACCUGAAGUCAAAGAACAUCCUGGUGAAGAAGAACGGGACCUGCUGCAUCGCUGACCUGGGCCUCGCCGUCCGCCACGACUCAGCCACCGACACCAUCGACAUCGCCCCCAACCACAGAGUGGGAACCAAAAGGUAUAUGGCUCCAGAGGUGCUGGACGACUCCAUAAACAUGAAACACUUUGAGUCUUUCAAGCGAGCUGACAUCUACGCCAUGGGGCUGGUCUUCUGGGAGAUAGCCAGCCGCUGCUCUAUGGGAGGCAUUCACGAGGACUACCAGCUGCCCUACUAUGACCUGGUCCAGUCAGAUCCAUCAGUAGAGGAGAUGAGGAAGGUGGUGUGUGAGCAGAAGCUUCGACCCAACAUUCCCAACCGCUGGCAGAGCUGUGAGGCGUUGAGGGUGAUGGCAAAGAUAAUGAGGGAGUGCUGGUACGCCAACGGGGCCGCCCGGCUCACUGCGCUCCGAAUCAAGAAGACCCUGUCUCAGCUCAGCCAACAGGAGGGAAUCAAAAUGUAGACACAACUACCAAACACACACACACACACACACCCACACACACCUCUGACUGACAUCCAUAUCGUUAGCAUUACAACAUUAUUAUCUUCAUUAUUAUUAUUAUUAUUUUUAUUAUUAUUCUCCAUCGAUUGUUGCUUUGGAAGGGAAGUGAAGACUUUUUAUUCCCCUUGUGUUCUUCUUUUCUUUUCUUCUUUUUUUUUUCUUGUCCCCCGAUUUCAUUUGACAAACUGAGUCCCACACCUAAAAACUGAAGAGCAGUGUGUGUGUGUGUACGGAGUGUAUGUCUUGCACCGUGCUCACAAACACACAAUGAAUGGAUGGAUGCAUGGAUCUUGAUGAAGGGAAGAUCAGAGGCAUUAAAGGAAGCCUCCGCUCAUUAUCCUCCAUCCUCUACUCAUUACAUGAAGUCUGUGAAAGACCCUUGGAGGCUACUAGUAUCCAUCUCAACUCAAGCCUCCACCGCUCAUCACACACUCAACCAAUAAGAGCUCAGACCUCAUCAGGUAAACUAAAGACCAGAGAGGCAGCUGGGAAUCACCUAGGAGACCUCGGAGCUGCCUCACAUCUUCAUCAUCACGCCCUCAUUUGUAUAUUAGCAUUCCAUCCUUCACUUCAGAGUCAAGCUACUCUUGAGCAGGGCUGCACGUCUCUCAUGUCCUUUUUUUGAAUAAUCUUUAAUAAAGGAAUAUUCACAUUUCCUCUAAUUCUAAAGACAAAAUAUCACUUUAAUGUAAAGGGUCUAGACAACAUGAGCUGUAUGUUUUAUAAUGAAUGGAACUGUGAGCACUGCUCCCACAGCAUUCAUGUCAUGUUUUGAAGCUAAUUGUUAAAUGAGUUUGGCAUUUCACUGAUUGGCACUGCUGGUCUUUUGCAGUUGAAGUGGUUUAUGAAAGAAGAAAAAAAAAAAAGAAAUCAGUGAGUAUUACAAUUCUAAUCAUUAUCUAAAGCAAAGAUAAGCUGUAAGGAAUAACUACUGAUUUUAACUAAUGUUAAAAUUGAAAUAUCACUGAAGUAUUUCACUUUAAAAAGCUUUUAUCUGGAUGCAUUUAAAUAGUUUUAAUUCUAAACAUUCAAGUCAAGUCCAAUACCAAACUUUUAAUAUUCUGUCAAUCAUGUGAUCAAAGAAACACACAAGAGUGACACUUCAAAUUUGUGAAUCUGAAUAAAUUGAAGUCUUUAAAAUGUAAAUGUAUUCAAUUAAAUUAACUAGAUGAAUUUAGACAUAAUGUAAUUUUUUUUUUUAUUAUAUGACAUAAUUCAUCUUUAAACUUCAGCUCAGUCGUGGUUAAACUUUACAUUUAGAAAUUCAGUUAUGUAUAAAGUUCAAAUUUGUAUGGCUUGUUUUGGCUUCUAUAGAAAUGGAGUGAAUACAUCAGCAUUGACCGCUGUGGAAUGGAUUUAAUUGCAGUGAAAAGAUGAAUGAAUAGUUUUCUUUGGAUUUUUAACUUUUUUUUCUCUUGUUUUGCUUGAGAAUGAAAUGACAUUCAAUUUUUAAACAUAUAUGAAAGUAAGAGUUAUUUUCAGUUCAGCAUCAGAAUGAGUGAGCAGCAUCAUCAGCUGACCCAAUCCUUUAAAUCACAGAGCUAAUAAUGACUCAGCCAUGACUGAUAGUAUUUCAGAGUAAAGAUUAUUUAAGAAAUGGUAUAUUUGGAUGUUGGCUGCAGCCCUGCUCUCCAGUCAUAUAACAGUAGCACUGGGGACUGAAGUGAGGAGCUCGGAGUUCUGGGAUGGUCUGUAAGCUACCCUGUGGGGUCCAGAACCUGUGGGGGUCCAGACCCU